UGUAACAUGACGCUUCAGGAGUUGCCAUCAUCACAUGGCAGAUGGAAAUUUCCACUCAGUCUCCUUGCUUGUUAAAUGGGAAGGGUCUCCAACUCUUGUCUUCACUAGUCCGCCUCCUCCUCCUGCUACAGCUGUCCGCCACUCUGAAACAUUAGGUCUUUUCUUAUAGGUAGCAGGGUUUAGCAGAGGUCGAGAAAGAAGCACAUCACCACCUUGUGAAAUCUAAAACCCUGAAAACCGAAGUUCUCCGCCUCUCGUCCUGCUGUAGACCACUAUGCCGGGAGUUGUGGAUCGUAUGGAGCUAAACAAAGUCUCCACAGAGGCUGAUGAUGACAGCACCAACAGCCUGGAUGACCGCUACACAGAGCCCAUCGACUCUGAGAAGGCCACCAUCAACAGUCAGUUUCUGGAUGACGAUGACGGAGAAAGCCAGAAGUUCCUGACAAAUGGGAUGAUGAAGAAGAAGAAAUAUGAGGAAUACCACGAAGAACAUCAUCCUGGCCACACCUCCUUCGGGAUGUCUGUCUUCAACUUGAGCAACGCCAUCAUGGGCAGCGGCAUCCUGGGCCUGUCCUUCGCCAUGGCGAACACUGGCAUCGUGCUCUUUACAUUCCUUCUCGUCGCUGUGGCCAUCCUCUCCUUAUAUUCUGUACAUCUGCUCCUUGUGACAGCUAAAGAAGGAGGAUCCCUGAUCUAUGAAAAGCUGGGGGAGAGAGCAUUUGGUUGGCCUGGGAAAAUGGCAGCGUUCGGAUCGAUAAUUAUGCAGAAUAUUGGAGCCAUGUCCAGCUACCUCUUUAUCGUGAAGUAUGAGCUGCCUGAAGUGAUCCGAGCCUUCUUGGGUUUAGAAGAAAUCUCUGGAGAAUGGUACCUGAAUGGGAACUACCUGGUGGUGUUUGUGUCGAUCGGAAUCAUCCUGCCUUUGUCGCUCCUUAAAAAUCUGGGCUACCUGGGCUACACCAGCGGUUUUUCCCUUUCCUGCAUGGUCUUCUUCCUGGGUGUGGUGAUCUACAAGAAGACCCAGCUGCCCUGCCCUCUGCCUUUCUUUUACCAUCACUCGUCCAACCUCAGCACGAAUGCUUCAGAAAUUCCGGGGUUGUACCCGCCACAAAACAGCUCGGCCCACAUGGAUUUCUCCCGGGCCGACGUCUCCCCGGCGGUCCUCGGCAGCCACGACGCCCAUCACUCAACCGGCGUCCACUUCGAGCCUCACCCUGAUGAUGAGGAGAUGUGCACGCCCAAAUACUUUGUCUUCAACUCACAGACGGCGUACACUGUGCCCAUCCUGGCCUUUGCUUUUGUCUGCCAUCCUGAGGUCCUGCCUAUCUACAGUGAGCUGAAAGAUCGCAGCCGGAAAAAGAUGCAGAACGUCUCCAACCUGUCCAUCUUGACUAUGCUCAUCAUGUACAUGCUGUCAGCACUGUUCGGCUACCUCACCUUUUAUGACAAUGUGGAGGCAGAGUUGCUCCACACCUUCACCAAGGUCUAUAAGUUUGACACCAUGUUGCUGCUGGUGCGUUUGGCUGUUCUCACUGCCGUCACUCUGACUGUCCCCAUCGUGCUGUUCCCUAUCCGCUCCUCCAUCACCACGUUGCUGUUCAGUGGCCGAGAGUUCAGCUGGACUCGCCACAUGCUGAUUGCCGCCGCCAUCCUGGCCUUCAACAACAUGUUGGUCAUCUUCGUCCCCACCAUCAGAGACAUCUUCGGCUUCAUCGGUUCCUCUGCAGCCACUAUGCUCAUCUUUAUCCUACCUGCUGCCUUUUACCUCCGCCUGGUAAAAUCAUUGCCGUUCCGCUCCCCACAGAAGAUCGGGGCGACCGUCUUCCUAGUUAUGGGAAUCAUCUUCAUGAUUGGCAGCUUGACACUCAUCGUCCUCGACUGGGUCCACAACCCCGCAGGCUCCAGCGGCGGUCACUAAGCCCCCUCUUCCCUCCUCAGAUUCGCAUGUAAGAGUGCAACAAACCCCUCUCCACCACCACCCCGCCACGUCUCUUCUGGUUUGCCUUAGCUGGUCCAUCAUCUGGAAACAGGGUUCAUCACUGGUUCUCUUUCCUUCAUCAAAUAACAAACAUUGAUCAGAAAACCUCACCGUAAGACAUCUUCAGUUUUUCCCCCAAAGACAAUCACUGGAGGAAGACUUUUUGGCUGUUUCUGUUUCAAUUUUUUUGUCUUAUAUUUUCUUGUUGCUGUAAAGUUCUGGAUGUGACACAACAAAAACAAGAGAAUCAAAACCAGGAGGGGGAAACAGACUCUGGUUUAACGUGCCACAAAGACAGCAUGAAAUCAUCAUCUUCAUCAUUGUCAUCAUCAUUAUUAUUUCCAGCUAUGGUGAGACAGCACAAACACAUACUAUGCAGCCCUCACCUGAAGCAGAUCUGUGAUCUGCGAUUUGCAGGGCUGGAAAGACGAUGCGAGUCUCUCAGGCCUCUGUGCACUUGAAGGAGACAUUUGGAGGUGGAGUGUGUCGUCCAUGGAGCACUUCUAGCAUUACGUUUCACUUUGUGUGUAGCGCUAACACAUACACACUUCUACACCUUUUCAAGCAACUAUCCAUGAAAAUUUCCUGAUCAAUUAAUCAAGCAGUCAGCUCAUCUCAAAACAACGGUUAAUCAGUAACUUGUAAUCAGUAACUAAUCAUGUAGAACUUUUGUUCAUGAAAGUUUUAUUUUGCUGCUCUGCUACACGUCAACAAUCAGAACCUUUGCCAAAGUCUACAUGCACAUACAGUUUUAGCCGAUCGGGUUCAUGCUAGAGCCUCCAAGCUCCACACAAUCAAGGAUCUUCCUUGCCGACUGUUUUCAUCCUGUUCUGUGUACACGGCCGAGGAGGUGCUUUCAGUAUUACUGUCACAGAGGGAUCUGAACAUGCAAGGUAUCAAUGUACAUAAUUAAGUGUGUCUACUGAAAAGUGUUGUACAUAAUAUCUUACUUGGCCUCAUAUGGCUCUUCAGGUUGUAUGAAGUUAAAUGAUAAUUUCCAACACACAGUAUAUACACCUGCUGGAAUACUUUAUUAGGCACUUGAUAUAGGGCUGGACAGCUAGGGUUACAAAACCAUAGGUUGUUAUUUUUGAUAAAUAAUUGGCAAAAAUAUGUAUAAAAACUAUUUUUAAAAUAUGCAGUUUACAAAAAUACAAUUGGACAAUUCAAAAAUGAAUUAAAUUAAACCAAUAGAGAGAAACGUGAAUUAGUUUAUUUAAAAUAUGUAUGUAAAUUCAAGAUGCCAAGAUUGUAGUAAAAUAUUUUUUCACUCGUGCCAUAGUACUAUCUUCAUCACUGCGGAAUGAAAACCCUCACUCUCUCCUAAAUGUUGUUCAAAUGUAAUGUAGUAACGUGAUUAUAAGCUAGUCAGCUUAAAAGAAUAGUUUGAUAUUUUGGGAAAUGCACUUAUUCACUUUCUUGCCGAGAGUUAGAUGUGAAGAUUGAUACUGUCAUGUCUACGCCAAAUUCGAAGCUAACGUUACAGCCUGUUUUAUACAGUCUAUGGUUACAGCCUGCAGGCGAUUAGCUUGGCAUAAAGACUGGAAGCGUUGGAUAAGAGCUAGCUAACACCCUGAAAACCACAACUUGACAUUUUUACUUUUCAGUUUUCAUACAAAUUCAACUAAUGAGAUAUAAUGUUUCAGUUACUACACUUUAGAGGUGCUGGUUGGUGGAUUGUAACUUUGGACCAAGACAGGCUAGCUGUUUUCCCCCGCUUUCAAUCUUCAUGCUAGGAGACUAGCUAACCGUCUCCAGGCGCUAGCUUCAUAUUUAGCAUACAGGUUUGAGAGUGAUAUCAAUCUCCUCAUCUAAAUCUCGGCAAAAUGUCAAAGUAUUCCUUUAAAGAUUGGCGAUUUGGAAGAAGCUGGAUGGUAAACAAUAUCGCACACAUCAUGACGCUUGUUGAGGAGCUAGCUUCAGUUUUGAUAACUACAUUAACAUGCAGAGGAUGUGACCCAUUUUCAAAGUGCAAGACUGUAAACCAAGCUCAAACACUGUGCUUAUUAUCUAAUUUCUCACUAAAAUCCUAAAAUUUCUCGAAAUGGUCAAAGUUGAUCUUUAUAGGGAAAAAACAUGUUAAAUAGCUAACUUUGUUUAGUUUUGCUGUUCCAGAAAAUUCAGAUAGCGUGUUUUGUAGCUAAACACACGGGGUCACUUCUUCUGUUUUGUUGUCAAGAUCAAGGUUCAAUUAUUAAUCUCAGUGAAUUGAUAAUUUCAGUGUUCACUCUGUUGUUGUACACUCAAUCAAAAAUCAGAUUAAAAACUUUAAAACGGGAUUAUUCUUUUAAAUUGUGCCUUUUGGAUUGUUCUCAUUAUAAUUGGCUUCUAAUACUGGUGCCUUGGGUAGAAUCAUUGAUGACAACAUCAAAACCUCAUCUCACCUCUUCUCCGAUGCAUUCACGUGUCAUAAACACAUCUAGCCAAAGUGGACAACAUUUAUAGAUCCUUUGUGGAUCUAUGUACAUGAAACAAAUAGAUAUUUCAAAUGAAAUAGUGUAUUAUCUGCAUGUUUUUGGAUUACAAACAUGGUCUUUUUGGACAAUUGUAUAUGCUCUGUAAAUAAUCUUUAUUUUAUGGUACACUGACGCUCAUUGUCUGUGAGUGGGUUGUUGGGAGAUUCUGCCUGUCAAGUCUUCUGCAAUCCAGUGUUUGUUUUAGUAUAUAUAUAAAUAAACAGUAUAUAAUGUGUAUUAGAUCUUUUUUUCUCUUGCUGUAUGACAGUAGGUUUUUUUUUCCCUUUAUUUGAAGUUUGUAUAUUUCUAGAAUAUGUGGUCUCUAUAUAUCCAUUUAUGUGUUUUAAUGUUAACUUGUCAUAUCAGGAUGAAUUAAUCAACAGGCUACUUCAUAACAUGGUUUCCCCAGAAGUCUCAGAAACAAGGCAACAAGUUUCUGUAGCUUAUUCGCUCCUGCUGACCAACACUGGGUUUAAAUUAAAGCCACAAGUAAGCAGUAUUGAUGUUGAAUGUGUAUUUUGAAAAAACACUUAGCAGAAGCAGAAGUAUUUUGUGACCACACUACAGGAAGGUUCUUACAGGACAGAACAUCUUAAUAAUUUGUUAAAAGAGCUCAUGGCUCUUUAUAUUAUUUAUCGCAUGGCUUAUCACAUGCUAACGUGUAGCCGUACACCUGCUAACGUGUAGCUGUAUACCUCUACCACAGGAUAACGAAAUGCACAAGAACCUUCUGUGUUUGCCAGUUCUGAAGCUCUACCAGGACAAUCGUACACAGUUGUAGUUCACACCUUACUGUGGCUUAUAAUGUAUAUCACUGCUGUCAUAGAAAAAUCUUCUCAAACCCAGUUUUGGUGAGGUUUUAUUUCCAUGACAUUACUUGAACUGAAGCUUUCCACGGCCUGAUAAAGUCAGCAAGCUUCAUUACUAAAGGGUCCACACGGGCCCUUCAGUACUCAUUAUGAAUGUUCAUUAAUGGAUUGUUCUCAAUUUGAAAAUCUGGUUCACUCUCUAAAUGUCUUCACAAAUGUUGGGCUGUAACUUUAUUAGCUUCCUGCUGUCAGUGGCUUAUUCUGCGGUAGACCUUUCAACAGUUUCUUCCUCAGGUUGGGUUUCAUCUUUUUAAAUUGCUUAUUUUACAAAGAAGGAUGAGAGGCAGCAGUUUUUUUAACAGAAUACUGCCAAAACCACAGCUCUACCCCCUUUAGUAUCUCAGGUCUCUGGAUUAAUUUUCCUUCUCACUUUUGGAUAACUUCAAAUCUCUUUACCUUUUGCAUGAUUGAGCCAAGCUGUAGGCCUACAGUGCUGUUGUAUAUUGUGCUGGCCUAGAUGAGAAGUCAUCUUGGGGAUUUGUAAGAGCAGACAAGUUCCCAGCUAAUUUUAACAGUGUUUAGAAAGUAGUUGUGCAGAACCACCUGCCUUAUUUUUGUAUAGACCCUCAGCCGUGGAGAAGCACUUGUUCAAUGUUUCUGCUGUUCACAGUGUCUCCGCUUUCUGUGGAUCAGGCUGAACAUUCAGAUUUGUAAUUUUACCCAAAGGGGAUGGUUUUUUAUUGUAUCAGUGAUGCUGUUUCAUUAUGAAGAACAAUAAAAAUGUGAAAUGAAAA